GGCACAGAGGCGAAGAGAUCAGAGAGAAGGAGAGAGAGAGAGAAAGGAAACUGGGCAGCUCCUCGUCUUCCCCUCGGUGUCCCCAUGCCUCGGCGGUGCCCCGGCGCCUUCCCCUCGCCUCAGGCGCAGUAGCCAUGGCCGCGGUGGCCGUCCUCCGGAACGACUCCCUCCAGGCUUUCCUCCAGGACCGCACCCCUAGCGCCUCCCCAGACUUGGCCAAGCACUCGCCCCUGGCUCUUCUGGCCGCCACCUGUAGCCGGAUCGGACAGCCAGGCGCAGCGCCCUCGGAUUUCCUUCAGGUCUCCUACGAUCCGACGCUGGGAUCACCCUCCAGGAUCUUCCACCCGUGGAGCGGCGAGAUGCCGGCACAUUCCCCGGGGGGCUUGCCGCCACCGCACCCCAACCUGGGGCUGACACCUCAGAAGAGCCACCUGCAGCCGUCCUUCGGCGGGACGCACGAACUGCCCCUCACCCCCCCGGCGGACCCCUCCUACCCCUACGAGUUUUCCCCCGUCAAGAUGCUGCCCUCCUCCAUGGCCGCCCUGCCGUCCAGCUGUCCCCCCGCCUACGUCCCCUACGCCACCCAGGCCGCCCUACCGCCCGGCUACUCCAACCUGCUGCCGCCCGCGCAGCCCUGCCGGCAGCUCUCGCCCAACCCGCCGCCCGAGGACAUUCCCUGGUGGAGCAUCCAGCAGGCUGGCGCCCCGGGCGGCUGCGGCCACCGCUUCCCAGCGGCCGCGGCGCUGCCGCGGAGCCUGGUGCUGGGCCACUCGGACUUCGCCCAGUACCAGACGCAGAUCGCCGCUCUGUUGCAGACCAAGUCUCCCCUGGCGGCCACGGCCAGGAGGUGCCGCCGCUGCCGCUGCCCCAACUGCCAGUCGGCCGCGGGCAGCGCCCCGGAGGCGGAGCCGGGCAAGAAGAAGCAGCACAUCUGCCACAUCCCCGGCUGCGGCAAGGUGUACGGCAAGACCUCGCACCUGAAGGCGCACCUGCGCUGGCACACGGGCGAGCGGCCCUUCGUCUGCAACUGGCUCUUCUGCGGGAAGAGUUUCACCCGCUCCGACGAGCUGCAGCGGCACCUGCGGACUCACACGGGCGAGAAGCGCUUCGUCUGCCCCGAAUGCGGGAAGCGCUUCAUGCGCAGCGACCACCUGGCCAAGCACGUCAAGACUCACCAGAACAAGAAGCUGAAGGCGGCGGCGGAUGGCGUCAAGCGGGAGGACGGCCGCGACCUGUGACCGCCGGGCGGCG